UCUGUGUUCUUGGUACAUAUUGAUGACACAGCUGUGACCACAGAAUCUUCUUACGCAACUGAUAGCACAGCUGUGACACUCAGGCUCUGUUACACGGUGAUGAUACAGCUGUGACACCAGGCUUCUGUUACACGGUGAUGACACAGCUGUGACACCAGGCUUCCUAUUACACGGUGAUGACACAGCUGUGACACUAGACUGUUGUGACAUGGCGGAUACACAGUUGUUGACACGGCUGCUGUUGGCGGAAGGAAGGAAGAUCAGAGUUUUGUGCUCAGACGGUGUGUCGGCUCCUGCAGGUUGCAGGUUGACGUCACAGCUGCCAUGGGCGCGCGGCUGUUGGUGGGCGUGCCUCUGCUGCUGCGGCUGUUGCGGGUUCACGAGGUGCUGGCUAUCCCAGAAUCCCUUGUUGUGGAGGUGUCUGGGGGAAGAAUUCAGGGAGCUCUGCAUGAGGGUGCUGUUCGCUUCCUCGGCAUCCCUUACAGCAGGGCUCAGAGAUUUCAGGUGCCGGCGACACUAGAGCCUCGCUGGUCUGGCACUCUCAACGCCUCCACUCCAGCGCCCCAGUGUCCACAGACUUGCCCCCCUGUUAUUCAGGAUCUUCACUGCCAGCAUGUUAGUCAGAUGCACGAGAGGUGCCUGUAUCUCAACAUCUACCGACCAGCCUACAAUCUGCCGGCGGGAACAAGUUUCCCGUCAUGCUCUUCAUCCACGGCGGAGAUUUUGAGUCCGGAAGUGGCGCAGCUCCGUUGUAUGACGGAUCCUUCCUGGCCAGGAACUGGGGGAGUACUGGUGGUGACUAUUAACUACAGGUUAGGAGCAUUCGGGUUCUUGCCAAUUUUUAACGACUAUGAUGACGUCAUUGGCAAUUUUGGCCUGCGCGACCAGCAGGUAGCCUUGCGGUGGGUCCACAGCAACAUCGCCUUCUUUGACGGGGACCAGGAUAAGGUCACGUUGUUGGGUGCGGAUGCUGGCUGUCAGUCUGUGGGCCUCCAUCUGGCGUCCCCCGUCUCCAACGCCCUCUUUCACGCCGCCAUCUUGCACAGCUGCCCCUUCACGCAGCCCUUCCGCGACAAGAACGAGUCCCGGCGCCUGGUGCAAGAGUUUGCCUCGGCGCUGGGAUGUCCAGCCAACGACGUCAGCUGCUACCGCCGGAAGUCCGUCAACGACAUCCUGCAGGCGCAGGCAGCAGUGGAUGACGCCAUCAGUAGGCAGUCGCCGUCGCUGUGGAUGUUCCAGGUGUGGGGUCCGGUGAUCGACCACAGCCUGGUUCACGAGCCCAGCCUCCUGGGGGAACUCCUCUACGUCAGUUCUCGCGGCGGCCAGGGGGUCAAGCCCGCGCUACUCGGGGUCGUUCAAGAAGAGGGCGCCACGUCCGUGUACAGGCGCUACCCGUUGCCAGUCUCCAGCGAAUACUUCCAUCGUCUUCUGGAGGUCAGCGUGCGUGAAAACUGGCAAGAGCUGGUGGAGGGGGCGGCGCCUCCUUACCGACCGGAAGUGUCCACGGACGCCCGCCAGGAGAUGGUUCGCUUUUUCGACGACUUCGUCUUUGUGUGUCCUGCACGCAGUCUGGUCAAUAAUCUGACGACUGGAGACGCCAUGCUAGGCAACGUGUGGAUGUACAGGUUUGAACCUCAGAUCACGUGGUCUCCCGGCGGUUCGUCCUGGCCUCCUGGCGGUGAGACCUACUGCCAAAAUGUGACAUGUCAUGGUCUUGACCUUCUCUACCUGUUCAACCCCCCGGCCGUUCCAGUGACCCUGCGCGGGAGUAUCCAGGAACUCUCAAAGGUCAUGGCUUUGUACUGGACCAGCUUCGCCAGGUAUGGAGAUCCGAACAGAGCGCCACCUGCAGGCCCUGCGAGCGUCACUUCCUCUCUGACAAGGUCCAGCCUCGUGCCUGGGCGACAAGGACCUCAGCAACAACAGUUCUCAUUCCCGCCAUUUUCUACAAGAACUGGGAUGAUCCUGCCAUCCCGUCUCCAUCUGGGGCAGGCAUCCGGGUCUUUCCUGACACCUGCUGGCUCAUCCUCUUCCUCCUCCUUGAAGCAAGGUCAGUCGGGCCUACAGACGAGUAGGUUUGGUUCCUUGGCAACACCAAAUACACUUGGUUCCUUGGCAACACCAAUACACACUUGGUUCCUUGGCAACACCAAACACACUUGGUUCCUUGCCGUUGCCGAGCUCAUUCGACGCCUUCCGACGCCAGGUUCUGUCCAGCUCUUUAGCGCUGCAGCUUCAGCAGAAGACCAGUGCCGCAAACACAACCUCAUCCACACCAACACCACCUGCACCAGCCAUCGACAGCACCGUCUACUGGCCCAGCUACACGACGAAGGAAACCUCCGGAGGACAGGGGGUCAAGGCCACCAUGGUGCUGACCCAACCAAAGGUCAUUCUCGAGCAUUCCAUCUACGAUACAAGGUGCCGCCCUUGGGACAAACUUGGACACAAGUAAACUCUUGUCGCUACAGACGACUGCAAAUAUGAACACAGUUUAGGAGGAAUAAGCCAUCAGCCACAGGAAGAAACUGCGAAGCAAAUCCAAAUAAUAAAACUGUUUUCUGACAUUCUGGCCCAUGC